AUGUCUUCUUCAGGGUCCAGGCUCCCUCUGCUCCUCUACGGGGUCCUCCUGUGCAGCUCCUGUGCUCCUCUUCCAGUCAUCAGCAGCAGGAGGCAGAGCCUGAGGAGCUCCAGGUCUCUGGUGCAGGCCAGUGGCAGCGGCAGCUCCUGGGACAAGAGGGAGGUUACCGCCCGGGACGGAGAGUACCUGCUGGGCAUCAAGAGGCUGAGGAGACUCUACUGUAAUGUGGGCAUCGGCUUCCACAUCCAGGUCUUACCCAGCGGGAAGAUCACAGGCGUGCACAAUGAGAACAGAUACAGUCUUCUAGAGAUGUCUCCAGUGGAGAGAGGAGUGGUGACUCUGUUUGGAGUGAGGAGCGGCCUCUUCGUCGCCAUGAGCAGCAAAGGGAAACUCUACGGCUCGGGCCACUUCAACGAUGAAUGCAGGUUCAAGGAGAACCUCCUGGCCAACAACUAUAACGCCUAUGAAUCAGCUGCCUACCCCGGCAUGUACAUCGGCCUCGGCAAGACCGGCAAAACCAAAAGAGGCAACCGGGUCACACCCACCAUGACCAUGACACACUUCCUCCCCAGGAUAUAAGACGAAAAAAACUCUCAGCUGCA